CAUUUUAAGCAUGAAGAAUCUUCACUUUGCUUUUCUGUUGAUCUUCUGGGCUAUUGAUGCAGGUGAGAAAACGAAAACUUUAUCUAAAACAUGAGAAGUGAUUUUCAAUUCUUUAAAUUUAUUUUAUCAGUGGGUGGAAUAACUCGUGAUCGAUUACAAGGUGAAAACGGAGACCGAAUUAAAUCAUAAAUCGCAGGAGUAUUGAUGGCGGUUACGCGAGUCAAGGCCCUUAUGAUUUCCUGUCACCGAUCGCUUUAAUCUUCAAGCUUCAAGUCAUGUACUCAGAUAACCUCCAGGGAUAAUAGCAUGAAAUAUAUCAAGUUUUCUCCUUUUCAUAGCAAAAGUUAGAUCAUUGCAACAUUUAUACCUGUCGUUUGCGAAGCCUGUUAAAUAAUUGAGGCUGUCGUUUAAAAUUUGUAAAUUCAUGUACAUAAUUAAAAGAAGAUUCAUCGGAUUAUGAAGCCGUUGAAAGAUUUAUAAAGUACCAUAAACUACCAAAAAACGUUUCUUCUCUUGUCCAAAAUAAGGCAUCGACCACCAAUAGCAACAAACAUUUGGAAAAGUAAUGUGCAAAAAUUACGAGAGUUGAACGGGCUUUAUGCAAAUGUACACGCGUUGUUGUUCAACAAUGUUUAACCUAUCGAUCGAAAAAGGGCUCAAGCAGUGUAUAUUUUUACCCGGAAGUGGGAAUGAGUACCCUAAGAAGUAUCAACAUUUAUAUUUCUCUCAUUAACAAGCUAGCCCUGGCCUUAUCUCACAUGUUCCAUUCGUGUAUGUAAAUAAGUUGAAUUCUUUGUUGUAAACUUUUGUGCAACUGAAGUGAAACGAAGAAAGAACGGCGGGUAAACACAGAAAUUACGACGUCAUAGCCGUAACAAUAAGGUACUUUAGAUGACACAGCAGAUAAACAAAGUGGUAAAAUCUGAAAGUUCCUUUACGGUGUGACAAUGCACGGUUAAGUUGCAAAAAAAAGUGUUAUCAAAAAUUCCCUUUUUGUUUAAAUCCAAGUACGUUUACUCGUAGAAAACGUAACGACUUCAUUUUCUCUUUAAGAUAUUUUUUGGUAAAAGCAAGGAUCGCCCGUUUUUGGCAAACGGCAAAAGCUCUUAAGCAGAACAUCGAAAGCACCAUUGUUAGUCCCCGCUUCAAACGUCCUGCUAUUGUCGAUAAAGAGAAGAUCGGGCUCGACUUGAGCACAACUUUCAGCACUUUAGGGCGACUCGGGUUUUAGACAUGAAAAUGACUUAAGUUAUAUAAUAAAACAGUUUGUUAAUAUCUAUUCUGGCCUUAGCUUCUUCACUUGCAAGUGCAGCCAGUUGAACCCCAGGUUUCAGUAUGAGGCCUUUAAAUCAUGUCGUGCUCCAGGAGGCUCUCAUGGCAUAUUAAAGGCGACAAGACCAAAUCGCUUGAAGUGCGAAAAAAGAGCGAGAAGAAAUUAGCCAGCGCAGCGUUUGAAAUGUAGUACCUUUAAAAGUAUCUUCCUGCGAAAGAUAAGUUUUCAGUCAGUCAUCACAUUUCUACCAUCGCUCGUAAGCACAUAUAGACAUUUCAGUCGUGGUAAGGUACAGUAACAGAUCCAGACCUUCAGAGGUCACCUGACCCAUCCCGACCCUCAGAUAAUCAGGGGCACCCAACGAGAAUAUAGUCCAAAACCAUUUAAAUAUAGCAUUGUUAAACGUGUUUUAGUACUCAAACGGUGGAUAUAGGCAUAUUUUUAUCCCCUAAAAAUUUUUCGUCUGUUCGGAUUUCCUAGCUGAAAGUCUGGUGAUCCGAAAAAUAUAGAGAUCAAAACGUAGCGUUUCGAAAAUUUCAGCCCGAAAAAAGGCUCCCGAAAAUUCUAGGUGACCUUUUUAGGGUAAAAAUCCGUUAAAAAUAGGCAAUUACACCAUUUUUCAGAUGUUCGAAAAUCCAAGGAGAGGCAAGCGAGCAAGAAAUUUUACAACUGUUCCGAAAAUUCUAGAUCUCAAAUCGUCUUCCGAACAGUUAUAUUUUCCGAAAAUUGACGUUGGGUGCCCCUGAGAUAAUGGGGUCCCCGGUCUCCCAAAAAUUUGUUUGUCGGCCCUCAGUUUGGUCUAAAAAUAAAGGGGGGGGGGGGGACCGGGCUCCCCGGGCCCCCCGCUAAAUCCGCCACUGAGGUGGUCUUAUAUCCCUAGACUCUCCUGUAGCUUAGUGGUAGUGCAUCUGGACUAAGAGAGAAAGAAACUGCCUAUUCCGGCAGUUGACAAAGCGAUUUUUUUGUCUGUGCUUUGUCCAAGCAGUGUAUAUUUCUACCCGGAAGUGGGACUGAGUACCCUAAGAAGUAUCAACAUUUAUAUUUCUCUCCUUAACAAACAAGCCCUGGCCUUAUCUCACAUGUUCCAUUCGUGUAUGUAAAUAAGUUGAAUUCUUUGUUGUAAACUUUUGUGAACUUGAAGUGAAACGAAGAAAGAACGGCUGGUAUUAAAACACAGAAAUUAAAUUAACACAGAAAUUAUUUUUUGUCUGUGCUUUUUUCAGUCCAAUUUGCGCAGUCCUCUCUUUCUGCUGAAGAUUAGUAACCUGGGAAAUGGCUAUCGUUUUCGAAAGUUGGCUAAUGUUCCUUGGUACCUUUAUGCCAAAAAAGAGUUACAUAAUGAUAUAAUAAACGAUGACAGGAUGGGAAAAAACUUUUAACACACAAGCUUUCGAUUCCCUAGCGGAAUCUUUAUCAUGAGAUGGAUUUGGGCGUUAUGUCAUGUGAUUUACACUGUGAAUCACGUGACAAAACGUCUCGAUAGAUUGCGGGGAACUCGCAAUUAGCGUCUCUGCUCAAUGUUGGAGCCCGACAAAAUAUUUCAAUGGCCUCCCUAACUCUUCUUUUGAACGUGUCCCCCUCCCUCGCGAGGAUCGCAAAGGAGGACAUAUCGAAGGACUGGCGGCCUGACAACUUUAGAUGAUCCCCAACCGCCCUUGUUGACGCCCUUGUUAUUGCAACGUGUUCCUUGAAUCUCAUUCCAAAAGGACUAGCUGUCUCCCCAAUGUAGAAAUCAUCACAGCCUUCGCACUGAACUUCCACAUUCUCGUUUCCCCUUGGUCUCGGAUCUUUGAGGUGGACCAAAUCAGUGGCGGAUCUGGACCUUCAGAUAAAGGGGGGGAGGGGUGGGGAUGGGGGGUGGUCGGUCCUCCAGACCCUGAGAUAAGGCAAGGGGUUGGGCCCGGUCUCAAAAAAUUUUUUUUAGGCCCUUCGGGCCUCAGUUUGCUCUAAAAAUCAGGGGGGGGGGAGGCAAGCCGGACACCUCCCCUGAAUCCUCCACUGAAAAUGCUGCCAGAUGGUGUGAAAAGGCUUGUUGAAUGUGCCAACUCCGUAUUUUUGGAAAACUUUUGUAAGCUUUUCUGAAACUCUUUGCACGUAGCGAAGUGAGACACUGUGAGCACUAUCGGAGACGACUUUACCUUUAAUUUCGUACCUGUCUUUGGCGAGAUUCUAAACAUCCACUGUUUGUAGCUGUUGUCUUGAAGGACUGAUUUAAGACGUUUCAAUUCAAUAUUUCCUUGUCCUUGCAUUGUCUUCCAUGAUAACAUAACCGUCUCGGAUCGAUGAAAGAGAGUUCUCUCUAUCGAUCGUUUGUGUUCCAGACUGUGAUUUGAUCUAACAGUCACACAGGGUCAGAAUCUGGUUUCCUAUGACGUGUCUCCAACAUUGAACAGAGAUGCUAGUUACGAGUUCCCCGCGGUCUAUCGAGACGUUUUUUCACGUGAAUCACAACGUAAGUUACGCGACAGAACACCCGUAUCCAUAUUUUGAUAAAGAUUCCUCUAGGGAAUCGAAAGCUUGUGUGUAAAACGUUUUUUGUAUCCUGUAAAUUGAAUAGUCGUUUAUUAUAUUCAGCUAUAUUCCUUGGUACCUGUAUGUAACUAUAUAUAUUCUUAACCCGUAUUAAGAUCAGACUGAAAACGAUGUUAUAUGUACAUGUUCUUUCAUUAUAGUCGGAUCAUUCAAGUGCUAUCAAUGUGGCGUCGGAAAAGACGAACACUUCACUGAGAAGCAAUGCGAAGAAAACCAAAAUGAGGUGGUGUGUUCCAAGAAAGCGAAAUACACUUGCUUUAAGCGGCAUAUCAUUAAGGAGGACAAUACAAGAACAGAAGAACGAGGCUGUAGACUAUUAAGCGACUGCGAGGCAAUGAAGAAAAAUUGUGAGGACGAAGCCAUGAAGGAAGAAAAAGGAAUAAAAGAAUGCGGAGUGGCUUGCUGCGAAAGCGAAGGCGACAAACCGUGCAAUGGUGCCAUAACGAUCUUUGUUGUUGACAGAUUAUUGAUGGUAAAUGUGGCAUUCAUUUUCAGCUUAAGAUUGCUAUAAGUACUGCAUCUGAGACUCUUGAUCCAUAUUAUGCUCGAAGCAUUUCUUUUCUCACCACGCCUACUAUAGCCUGCGUAGCCGGCGGGAUUAGAGGGAGCCAAGAGAAGAUUGGGAGCAAGUUGACCCUGCCGCCAAAAACGUAACCUCUUGAAAUAACAAUUCCGCCAGCUGCACAGGCUUCACCUUCCUGCCUCAUCCCAAGGCUCGUUCCAGCGGAUUCUUAUUUGAGUGCAACUACAGCUAUUUUGGUUUUGUGCAGGGGAUCAUGGAAAAGGCGACCCUUCCUUCCCAGCUUCCUUUGCGCCAACGCUUAACACUUCCAUGGUCCAAUGCGCGAUACUCCUUAAUCGCUCGCAGUAGCAUUUUAUUUAUUUUUAUCAAACACUUGAGACCCCUAGGAACGAGGCAGUAGGCCUUCUGUGACCCUAAGGGUACAGGAAAUAUUGAAUAUCGGCCGAUUGACUUCAUUUUUUUGCAAUGUUUCGAGAUCUGACAGACAAUCGAGACAAGAACGUAAUGUGCGCAUAAAUUUUUUUUUAGAUUGCCAAGUAGUCAGUAUUAUUUCUCAAAAUCGUUUUUUUUUUUUUUCAUUCUCCAUUUUCCUCCCUCGCUCCAGACCUUUUGUCAGACGCGUCCUUGACCUAGGGCUGUUUUUCUAUACGGUUAAUUUUCACACAGUUUUAAGGCAGCGCUUCUUUAUUACUGAGUGAAGAGUAUAGCUGAUUGGCCCUACUAGAAUGCAACAAUAGCCUUUAGUAAAAUCCAGCUAGUGGUCUAUUAUCAAUGCUGCGUUCUGAUUGGUUGAGAUACUACUAGGCUAUAUGUUAUAGCCCACUAAUAGCGAAAGGCGCGGGCUUUCUGGCGGCAAAAAAAGGAUGAAAGUCUAUCUUUAACUAGCUAAAAGUUUUUAUUCUCGAUAUUUUUGACCAACUAGUUGGAUUUUACUAAAGCAAUUAUUCCUCUUGCCCUUAUGGCCUCUGAGUCAAGGCCCAUCCGGCCCUCGGCCUCAUGGGUUAUUGACUCAGAGCCCAUUCUGGCUCGAGGAAUAAUUGUUAA